AUGGAUCUCAGUAGUUCACUUUUUUCAUCCUUCUCCGGAAACGCCUUUUCCUAUCUCAGCUUCUUUGGUUUGAACCAACAACAGGCCAGUCUGGAUGUUAUUACAAACAUAAUACCAAGCGAUAAUGACUUUCUGAACAAUGUUCCACUGGCAUUUAUGGAUGUAUCCAUCGCUUUUUUGAAAGACAAUCUUGCCGUUAUCCCCGGUGAAUGGCAAGUUGGUGGCAUCAACCAGUCUUCCCUUCAAGAUAUAUUAGCGCAAGUGAAGUCGAAAGACUUUAUUGCGUGGGACUCUUCUUUUUUCAACAUCAUUGGGCAGCAGGCAAAGCUCGAGAAAAUUCAGUCAUUUGAGGGAGAGCCUCCGCACGUCCAUGAGGCGCCUGCCUUUGUCCCGGAAACAAAUGAGCUUUUCUAUGCCGAUACAAGUGUCACGGGAUGGCUAUGGGCAAUCAAUGUGGAUACCCAUGAGACACGCAAGGUUGAGACAACGCCACCGCUGGCAAAUGUCAAUGGAGCGAGAUACCACAAGGGCCAUAUCUAUCUGACUACAAACGGAGGACCAGCUCGAGGCAUCUAUGCUCUCCACCCCCUUAAUGGCACUGCGACACCAAUUGUGAACAACUUCCGUGGCCGACACUUCAACAGCCCCAACGAUCUGGUUUUUGACUCCAACUCGAAUAUUUGGUUCACAGACCCACCAUAUGGAUGGUAUCAGGGCUUCCCAGAUGUCCAGGUCCCUGAGCUACCAAACGGAAUUUAUUUCUUCAACACAAAAACAAAAGCGCUAGUGGCAGUCUCCAAUUCGGUCGUUACGACACCGAAUGGACUUGCAUUCUCAAACGACGGAUCCACACUCUAUGUUGCCGACUCGAACUCCACUGCAGGUAGACCAUUAGGAUUUCAUCCUGCUAGCUUACGAAAUGUCUGGGCCUUCGAUGUGACAGGCUCAAUCCUUAGCAAUGCGCGACUCGUCCACCAGACGGAGAGUGGAUGGCCGGAUGGGUUACAGGUCACCCAGGAUGGAUAUGUCCUUGUUGCAGUACUGGGUGGAGUGGACGUCAUAGAUCCUUACUCUGGAGUCUUGCUGGGCAAGAUCAACACCCCGGAUGACAUUAUCUUCAAUCUUGAGCGCGGGCCUCAACAAGGAAACCAGCAGAUGUGGUUGCUGACCGGGCAAAAUUAUAUUUACAAGCUCAUGAUGAACUUGAGUGAGCGCUAA